AGGAGAAUUGGCAAUAAAACAGGUCAUCAUCACUCAAAAGAAAGGGAACAGAGACCGAUAAGCACCAGAAACUGAGAGUUUAAACAGGUUAAAAAAAUUUCAGCUAUGAACACCGUAAUGCCAACAUGACAGGUUGUUUCGAUUAAAGGCAGUUUUUGAAUGCAGGGGGUAAAUAAGACAUUGUAGUGUGACAAAAGUGCUGUUUACGCUGGACACAUACUGGGUUGAUCAUGGAACAGGUUUUGGCUUUCGCAUUGCUGUGUGUGCUUUCUGUAUCGGGACUAACAAAACCACCUGAUGUUGAGAAUGUUAAAAUAUCUCAUCGUACAGAGACUGAAUUAACAUUUGAGUGGGAUAAAGUUAACGGCAAUAGCAGUUACAAUUAUACACUUAAAAGAGAUGGUAUUGAAGGUGAUGAAACAAUCACAGUCUCAGACACUGACAUGCAAGUAACUCAUACAGUCAUAGGUCUGUCUCCUGGGACUGCAUACUCCUUUAAACUCUUCACUGUGUUUGAGGACCAAACGAGCGAAGGAUUUCAGUUCAGUGCAGAAACUGUUCCUUCGAACGUUGAAAGUGUUUCAGUCAUUGAACAAAACGAAAAUAUGAUUAAAUUAAAAUGGAAUAAAGGAAAAGACAAAUACACGUAUGAGCUGAACUAUGGGGAUAAAGUGGAUGAAAUAAAACCACAAUCUAAUGAGGUAGAACAUACUGUCAAGUCUCUGUCUCCUGGGACUGAAUACAACUUCACACUCUAUACUGUGCUUGGAAGUCUGAAGAGCAGUGGACACAACUUCACAACUGUAACUGCUCCUUCUGAUAUUCAAAAUGAUUCAUUCCAAGUCAUUGAUCGAAGUGAUUCUGCGCUAACAUUACAAUGGACUAAAGACAAAGAAGAAUACAGUUAUGAGCUACACUACAGAGAUGUUUUAAAGCCUAUUUCAUCUACUGAUUUUACAGUGGUGUAUGUCGUCACACCUUUGACUGCUGGGACUGAAUACUUUUUUACGCUCUAUACCGUGUUUAAAGAAGUGAAAAGCCAUGGAUUCAGACGCUCUUUAGUAACUGUGCCAUCUAAUGUUGAAAAUGUGUCUGUGGUGGAGGUCAAUGACACUGACGUGAUCUUACAGUGGAAUGCUGUGCCUAAUGAAUUAAACAACAAAUACGACUAUGUUCUUAAAUAUGGUGAUGUUGAGGAAUUUCUUGAGAAGACAAAUGGGAAUAUGAUUGAGCUAAAUGUAUCAGGCUUGAUUCCUGCAACAAAUUACAGCUUUACUUUGCACACAGAAUUUUAUUCUCAGAGAAGCACUGGAUUCAACUUUUAUCUUUCCACAUCUUUAUCUAGCAUAACUGAAGUCAGAGUCACCCGAUCACUCACAGAGUUGACUGUCGAAUGGAAUAAAUUGAACCGAAACAACGUCUACAACUACACUUUGCUAAGAAGUGAUGGGGCAGAGGCAGAUAACAAUUUCACUGGAUCUGCUGUUGUGGGGGAUGUGAUUACACAUAAAUACUCAUCCCUCAAACCAGGGACUGUAUACAGUUUUACUCUCUUCACGGUGUCGAAUAAUGUCAGAGAUACAGGAUACGGAUUCAAGAGCAUCACCACUCUGGACUGUGCGACUUUUAACUGGGAAGUCACCAACACAUCAAUAUUUGCUGAUGUGUACGGUUGCACAUAUGUCACGGCUCAAAACAGCAGCGGGAGUGGUAAAAAUGGUUCUAUAGAGGCAGACAAGGUGAAUCUGCGAGACCUGUAUCCUGGAGAAAGCUACACUGUUUCACUGUUUUAUAACUUGGAGUCGAAGAUGCUCACACAGUGCUCACAACGCCUGACAUUAGUUCCAUAUGUUGUAUCUAAUCUUAAGUGCGAAUAUCAUUCUGGAGGAUAUGGUCUGGCUGUCAAGUGGGUUUAUCCGGAUGGAAUUGUGGAUGUUGUGGGGGUGGAUGUUAACGGAAAAAGUUUCAACCAUUCGCAUGGUUCAGAUGAGCCAACUCAGCAGCUGGUAACAGGCCUGCAAGCUGCUCAGUGGUACAAAGUCACAGCGACAUCAUUUUCUGGAGCCAGGAGGAGUGAAACUAUAUGGAUCACCUGCCAGACUGAUCCAGCAGGUGUUAUAGCUGGUGUAAUGGUGUUUUUCUUGUUGGUCAUCAUUAUUUGUGCUGGACUCUUUGUAUGGUUCCGUUAUAAAUCGGCAAAGCGUAAUAAUGGACCAGAUGCACCUGCUGUUUUAAAAGUGCCAAAAAAGAACUACAAAACAAUCACCUGUGAUAAAUUUCCUGAACAUUUCCGAAACAUGAGUCGUGAUGACAACAGAGCUUUCAGUGCGGAAUAUGAGGACUUGGGUUCAGUGGGUGUAGAACAGUCAAAGGUUGCGGCUCUUCUCCCUGAAAACAAGGAUAAAAAUCGAUUCUCCAAUGUUUUACCAUAUGACACCUCUAGAGUGCAUCUUACCAUAAAUAAAGCGGGUGAUUCUGAUUACAUCAAUGCUAACUACAUGCCUGGAUAUGGAAAUGCAACUAGAGAAUACAUAGCUGCUCAAGGUCCACUGCCGUCCACUGUCAAUGACUUCUGGAGAAUGGUGUGGGAGAAAAAGUCAUCGACUAUUGUCAUGGUAACCAACUGUACUGAAGGUGGAAGGGUCAAGUGUGAACAGUACUGGCCACUGGACUACACCCCAUGUCUCUACGAAAACCUGCUUGUCACAGUAAAAUCAGAGAAUAAAUCUCAAAGUUGGACCUUGCGAGAAUUUAAUGUAAAAAAUAAAAUGACCUCGGAGACGCGAACAGUGCGUCACUUCCACUUCACAGCAUGGCCGGAUCAUGGCGUUCCCCGGGGGACAGAAGAGCUGAUCCAAUUCAGAGAAAUUAUCCGUCAGCACAUAGAGAGCCACUUCUCUACAGGACCAACAGUUGUACACUGCAGUGCUGGAGUGGGCCGAACAGGGACGCUGAUUGCACUGGACGUCCUGCUGCAGCAGCUGAACAGAGAGAAGGCAGUGGGUGUUGCAGCAUUUGUCCAGGAAAUGAGACUCAACCGGCCACUUAUGGUGCAAACUGAGUCUCAGUAUGUGUUCCUGCACCAGUGCAUCCUGGACUCUUUGCAACCCAAGUUUGCGCCGCAGUCUGAACCCAUUUAUCAAAACACUGACACAAUCUAUGUCAAUGCAAUGGCUUUAAAAGAAUUUGAAAAUUCAAGCAACACAUGAAUUAAGCACUUUUUUGUUUUGUUUAUCAAAACCAUGCAUGAAUAAUGUUUGUUGGUAUAAUGCAGAAAGAAAUGCCAAGUUCAGAUAAUCUUCAAGCCAAAUUACUAUAUUUUCAACAAGUCUUUUAACACCUAGAAUGAAAUAUCUCCCACUUUCUUGUCAAGUGGUCUCAUUCCAUAAAUAAUCACUGAACUCAUAGACGAUCCAAACAUUCCUUAUUCUAAAUCGCUGAUUACUAAUGAAAGACGUGGCAUUUUAACCCUGAGCUAUUAAAUGAUAUGAGUUUACCAUUUAAACUGAACUGCCAGUCUUUAUGAAUAUAUAUUUGUGUAUAUGGCCUUGUUUCUUGAUAUAAAUAUAUAUAUAUAUUUUGCUUGAUAAAGUUUAUGGAUCAUUUCAUUGAGCUGUACUUAGUGCUGCUUGUUUUGCACAAAGCUUUUUAACAAUGAGAAUGUUUAGCUAGUAUUUAAAUGAGAGUCUAUUUAAAAUCAACUAAACUGUGAAUCUAUAUGAAAAGAGCUGUAUUGAUUCUUUUGAUCAUUGUGUAUAAUUUUGUAUUACUAAUCAGAUUUUAAUAUUAAAUUAUGGUCAUAUCAUUUUGGUCAACCACUGUGACCAAGUUAAACCAUACCAAAAAUGUAAACUGUAAAGCAUACAAUACUUGAAGGUGCUGGCUUUUACUAUUGUAAUUUACUCAUGAAAUAUUACUGUAUUGAAUUAUGUUGAAUAGUGUAUUGUUAAUGCUAAGAAACUGUAUGAGGAAGCUGAAAUCACUAAAAAAGGUUAAAGCUAAAUGUUGCAAGCAAAUUUUUUUUACUCUUACAAGGUUUCUGCAGGUUUCAUUCAGUUAAAUGUAAGACUUUUAAGACCAUAAAAAAGAAAUUUCAGACUUAUAUAUGGCUAAGCACUUAUAAUCCAAAAAAAUUUUACUUGCCCCAUAAAAAACUAAUUCUAAUUAGUAAUUUCGUAGCCACAUAUUUUAAAUAAUGUAUCAAAACAAUCAGUCCCUAUACAUACAAUUUUUAAGAUUAACUAAAAAGAAAUCUUUAAAAUCUAAAUGUAUGCACGACAGAUAAUAUUAGUUAUGAAGAGUUUUGGUAAGAUGUAUUGUUAUUGUAUUGAUAGCUUUACAUAAACAAAGGAAAAUUAAGACCAUUUUCUUAAUUAUUUAAUACCUACAAGACAAUUCAGUGAAUUUAACACUUUUUUUAAGGCCAAAAAUCUAGUUUUUGAAAUUUAAGACAUCUUAUGACCCUGCAGAUACCGUUUUAACAAAAAAAAAAGCUGUUUUUAUUGUUGGACAACUCAGGAAAUUCAUGUGACUUUGAUCCUGUUGUAAAGUAGGAUUAAAGUUCGUUGUCAUAUUCUUAUUUGCUUGUAUUAUAAUGUCUAAAAUUUGUGCGAAAAUUAUCAAAACUAUGGUAUAAACCGCUGUCACAAUUUCAGGUACAUUUUGUGGGCAACAAUUACAUUGACUAUUGCCAAUUCUAAAUUAAGAUGCAUAAACAAUUCCUAUUCAUAAACUAAUCAAAUUGUGAAAUAGAUGUCUGGAAACGCUUCACAUAACGUUUGGGGCUCUUUUUUAAUGAUAGGCACAAAGUCUAAAGCGCAUGGCACAAAAGCAUUGAGGGCAUGUUUGAAUCCACUUUUGCUAUUUUAAGGACAGAAAAAUAUGGUUUGCGCCCCGGCACAUGGUCUAACAGGGUUGUGCUUAUUCUCUUAAAGAGUUAUGGGUGUGUUUUGAGUAUAACGUGUAUUAAACCAAUCAGAGUCUCAUCUCACAUUCCCUAUAAGAGUCAGUUGCGUCACACCAUGGCGCAUUUUCUAUUUACGGGGCGGACUUUGUAAGUAGCAAAACUGAACGAUUCGCUAGCGAAAAAACAGACUAUCAGCAGUGCGAGGAAAAAGAACGAGCCUCCUCCACAUUCAGCCUAUUUACUUUCUCUUUACUUUACCUCUACUCUUUACUCUUUUACUUUCAGGGAUAAGAAAACAGUGUUGCAAACUCCAGUUGAGGACAUCCAUUAGCCUCCAUAUUUAAUUUCAUUUGAUAAGCGCAAAGAUUUGUCUCAAAACUAUUUCUAAGUUCAGUUCUAAUUUCCACCAAAUGAAUAAAUGAACAAUAACACAAACAAACACAAAUCCUAUUCCUAUGGUAUAUGGUACCCCCAUAUGGUAUUGCAAAUGUCUCCAAAACUCGGAUCUAAAGUUGUUUUUAUUAAAACAAAUAUAAAUAUGCAUAUAUUAAAUAAUACUAAGCAUAAUAACAUUAUACAAAUGCAAAUUAUCAUGAAUAAACUGGAAAAAAAACCCCAGAGGUGAAGGCAUGGAGGUAGUGUUUUUUUAUAUUUCUGCAGAAGAAAAUAAUUUUUGUAACAUUUUAAACCUUAAAUUUGUUGUCAUAUGUAAAGAUAUUUGACUAUUGCUGUCUGCAUUAAGUAAUGUGUACACUUUUGGACCUGCAUAGGUGCAUAACUAAAGUGCUCUGCGCUGGACUUUAGACCAGGUUUUAGUUGGUCAAUGGCGCAGUCUAUUUCAGUUCCUCAAAACAGCAACACGUCAAAAAUACACCUUAACACACCUCCUUUUCAGACCAGCACACCCAUAAGUCCACAAAGUGGCACAAAUGGAUUUGCUACUUAAACAAUGUGGCGCAAAACGUGAAAAUUAGGGUUGCGCUGAUCUGAAAGCAGCAACAAAUCGCGCCAUACAUGUCUUGCGUUGGGUGGAUGAUAGGGAUAGGGCCCUUGAUCUUUAAAUCUCUGAAAUGACUGAAUUUAAACCACUUCUUUUUGAGUAAAUGUGACCACAUAUUUGAGUAUUUUUAUAUUGCAUACUAAUGAACAUAUCUAUUUUAUGUUGUUUUCACCAGUAAUGAAAUUCUUUUUUGCACUGAAAGUCACUUUAGUAAGAGCUGAAACAUAAACCACCAUCUUGAAUGAAAAACCACACCAUUUAUGGUUAUGCCGCUCAAAGCAAAAGCUACAAACUAGGAAAUACACAUGUAUUACUGUAUUGCACAAACAUGUUGUCUUCAGAAAAAAGCAAGUAAUCAACUUAAAUGUGUAAAAGAAAAUGUGAACAACAUGUGGUAAGAACAACAUCGUGGACGCAUCCAUGACAGUUCCUUGAUUUUGGUAUAUACAAGUUGGGUGAAAAAUAAUUUUGCAUUACAUAUUGGUAAUAAACUCCAUAUUUCUAAUACUGCCUUUCGUGGCUGACAACUCUUCAGCCAUUCAAUAUUGCCUAGUCAAUGUUCACCCAACCUGUAUUUAAAUCCAAAGCAGCACCUAUUGUUAGCCUCACUGAACCACGGUACUACUGGAGUACUUUUUCAUGUAACGAACUUGUAGUAUUAAAUGAGCUAAUUUUUAUAGCCUUCCAAACGUUUUUUUUUAUUCAUAUCACUUGUUGACGAAUGUUAGCGAAUUAGCAUUAACUUAUUUGAAUCAACUGUGUAAUUAACGAAUAAAGCUUGUGUACAUAACCAA